CUUUGAUUUCACUUUAUCUGUUUGUGUCAACCAGACAUCAAACACGAACUAUAAACUUAAAUAUUUAAUCCGCAUAAUCUCUAGUGAUGGGUGUUCAGACUCCGCCAAAUCACACAGUAUCUCCCUCAAGAUGACGCAGGGGUCACGUUCGCAAUCUAGUUUGUUACGCCGCUGUUAAAAUUAAUUUCCUUACAUAUUGACUUGGCAGCAGCUAUUAUUGUUAUGCACGCAUGCAACUCUCGCGACCUUGAUGCUGCUGAGAUAAAUUUUGAAUGGGUGCACCUUACACCAUGUGGAAUUUGCAGACAAUGAUUCCGACUUCAUGGGUAUGCUAUGCACUCAUGACAGUGGUAGCUGUCAUGUUGCCCACUUCCAGCUAUGGUCAAGAUAGCGAGCCUAUUUCCAACUGUAGUCGAAAUUUCACCGGAAAUGAAACUGGCGUAAUACUUAGUCCCGGAUAUCCAGAAAGCUAUGGGGAUGAGGAGUUCUGCAACUAUGCAAUCACCGUUCCGGCUAACAAGCAAAUCAAUUUGACUUUCACAGUUGCACGAUUGGAGCGACGUUUGGAACUGCUACUGGACUUCAUUGUGAUAUUCGACGGUGUGGACUGCAUGUCCAAGAGAAUCGCAGCGGUGGUCGACCUCAGCACUCCGAGUUUCAUUUCAAGUAACAAUAGCAUGGUUGCCCUUUUCGCUUCAGAUGCGACACAUCGAAGGGGACCGUUUGCUGCUGAAUUUUCCGCAGUCAGUAAACAAACUCCAACAAAACCAGUAUCGCCACCUCCUCACAAUCAUAUACUGGAAACACGUGGUUGGGAAAUUCGGAAGGAUGUUGGAAACUUCACAUACAGAGGAGAGCUAGGAUGGAAUUAUCUGUGUAUAUGGAGGAUAACAGUCAGUCCUGGAAGGAAAAUGCUUCUCAACUUCGCGGUCAUAUCCAUAACCUAUGGAGGAAGUUGGCUACGUGUUUUGGAUGGGGGUGAUUGCGGUGCGCCCACAGUUUAUUUCUUACCUGGAUUUGCAAAUGCCCUUAACGUAACGUUAAAUUCUACAUCUAAUACCAUGAUGGUCGUGUAUGCGGCUUUGGCUGGGAGGAAACCGGAUUUAAUCGUGGCAUCGUUUUCCAGUGUGCCUCCGCCUUCCGAAGAUGAACAAAUGUAUACAACAACGGAGAUUUUGACAACUACCACUUCGACAGAAGCAGCACCAGUGUUAACUUCGGUUACUACGUCUGUUCAAGAAAGUGAAGAAAAUACAUCUGCCACAUCCAUCGCCACUGCAGCAACGCCGGUAACUGACAGCACACCUACUCCAGGACUGGCAUCCAAGAACGCCAUCAACGUUUUCGCCCUCGUCGUAGGUUCGUCUUUCAGCGCAGUUGGGAUGCUGUUAUCUUGGAUGUGAACAAAUUAACACAGUGAUCCAUAAGUGUUAUAAUUCACCGAUUUCUAUAAUUUGAUUUAACUUCAUGUCCAUCCUGAUGGCAUACCUUAAGAUAGGAGUCAUUUUUCGUCAUCAGGGUUAUAUUCGAGAUUUUGUAUGCAGUCGCACAGUGCUCUGUAUAUUGAAGAUGUCCUUUACCUGCCUGCUUCAGCAGUUGUGAGUUCAUCAUGCUAUUGAAGGACAAAUACAGAACACUAUCGAGAUAAAUACGUAGCCUUGAAGGGGGUCGUCUUGGAUCCGUGAAGAAAUAUUGAUACGCCGGCAAAAAUGUUAACCAACGACAAAUUCAACACUCCAAUCUUCUCUCAAUUCAUACUGACAGGACAUAAAGUUUAGCAAACGAACAAUCUGAAUGUAAAUUUUUGAGGAUAUCGGGGGAAUCACAAGUGCGCAAUAAACUAGAAAAGAG